AUGGCUUUUGCACCCCUCCUAGCUGUUCUCUUCCUUCUCGCCGUUGUACGCCAGUCCGACGCUGCCCUCACGAAGCGAGUGGCAUGCGCCGACGGUGUCCACACCGCCACCAAUGAGGCCUGCUGCGCCUUAUUCCCCGUCGUAGCCGACCUCCAAGAGAAUCUGUUCGACGGCGGAGAGUGUGGAGAAGAGGUACACGAGUCGCUUCGUUUAACCUUCCACGAUGCAAUCGGGUUUUCCCUUACUCAAGGCGGUGGUGGUGCUGAUGGAUCUAUCGUCACCUUCUCCGACAUCGAGACGGCCUUCCACGCAAACAACGGAAUCGAUGGAAUUGUGGAAGUACAGAGGCCUUUUAUCAACGCGCACAACAUGACCGCAGGAGACUUUAUCCAGUUGGCUGGCGCAGUUGGGGUGUCCAACUGUCCGGAUCUACUCGUCCCGGAGCCUUUUGAUAAUGUGACAACUAUCAUCGCGAGGUUCGCUGAUGCAGGGUUCGAGUCACCUGAAAUUAUUGCUCUCCUGGCUUCGCACUCUGUCGCUGGCGCUGACCACGUGGACCCGACGGUAGCGUUUAUUCAUUUGUAUAUACGUCGUCUUUUGCUCAAGGAUUUACAGAUUCCCGGCACUCCCUUUGACUCAACCCCAUCGCUCUUCGACACUCAAUUCUUUGUAGAAGUCCAAUUACGAGGCACCGCCUUCCCCGGGAACGGCAGUAAUCAGGGUGAAGCUGAGUCUCCAUUGGCUGGAGAAAUACGAAUUCAAUCAGAUGAGAUGUUGGCUCGCGAUUCUAGAACAUCCUGUGACUGGCAAUCCUUCGCCAAUGAUCAGGCAAAGAUGCAGACCGAUUACAAGGCUGCUAUGUUGAAGCUUUCUACGCUCGGACAAGACGUAUCUAAUAUGGUGGAUUGCACCGAGGUGAUCCCCAUCCCUCUAGCAGCUGUUGCGAAAGCCGCGCACUUGCCCGCUGGAUUCGAUAUGAGUGAUAUUGAACAGGCGUGUGCUACUGCUCCGUUCCCCACUCUUACGGCUGAUCCUGGCCCUGUCACCAGUGUUGCUCCAGUUCCACCAUCCUAA